AUGGAGCCCGAUGGAAGUUGGCCACUGGCAAGCCUGAAGGAGCUCCAUUGUUCUGUUGCAGGAGUUUGCUCCCUGUGUGGGAACAGCAUGCUGCUGUACGUCUCCUACAAAAAGAAGCAUCUGCUGAAACCGGCCGAGUUUUUCAUCAUCAACCUGGCCAUCAGCGACCUGGGCAUGACUGUGUCCCUGUAUCCCCUAGCAAUAAUGUCCAGCAUAUACCACAGGUGGCUGUAUGGCAAAACCAUGUGCUUAAUCUACGCUUUCUGCGGAGUGCUGUUUGGGAUCUGCAGUCUGACAACUCUGACUCUGCUCAGCACUGUAUGCUGUUUGAAAGUCUGCUAUCCUUUGUACGGCAAUAGGUUUAACCAUGACCACGGCCGGCUGAUGAUCGCCUGCAGCUGGGCGUACGCGCUGGUGUUCGCCUGCUCCCCGCUGGCCCACUGGGGGGAGUACGGCCUGGAGCCCUACGGCACGGCCUGCUGCAUCGACUGGGCCUCCUCCAACACGCAGCCCGCCGCCCGGUCCUACAUCGUGGUGCUCUUCCUGCUCUGCUACAUCCUGCCCUGCGGGGUCAUCGUGUCCUCCUACACCCAGAUCCUGGCGACCGUGCGCGAGUCCAGGAGGGCCGUGGAGCGUCACAUCUCCGCCCAGUCGCACAUGAGCAGCAUUCAGACCAUCAUCGUGAAGCUGAGCGUGGCGGUGUGCGUGGGCUUCUUGGCGGCGUGGAGCCCGUACGCCCUGGUGUCCAUGUGGGCCACCUUCGGCCACAUCAAGAGCAUCCCUCCGCUGGCCUUCGCCGUGCCCGCCGUCUUCGCCAAGACCUCCACCCUCUACAACCCCGUGGUCUACCUGCUGCUGAAGCCCAACUUCCGGCACGUGGUGAGCAAGGACCUCCGCGCGCUGCAGACGAUGUGCUUCGGCCUGCGGACCCGCAGCUACAGGUCGGCCGUGGAGGUGGGCCUCAGGUCCCUGAAGAGGAGGAACGAGUGCAGCUCCACGUCCACCCACCUGGGGCCGGGCUGCUCCAACUGCACCUGCGAGAAGUGCAGCGACGCCUUCGAGCGCUUCAGGAACUACCCCCGGGGCUGCCAGGUCAACGUCAACACUGUGCACUUCUGCCUCCAGGAGGGCGGCGCCGCCGGGCCAGAACAGCAGCGCAAAGGCCGCCAGGCGGGGAAGAAGUCUGUGAGGGUCAGCGUCCGGGGGAAGAAGAACCCCGAGAUCGACAGCCUGGAGAUAACCCUCGAGACGGUGGCAACACACGCCAAAAACUGAA